ACAUAUAUACAUACAUUAUNAACCAAUUGAGAAUAAUGGAAGAAUAUGAGGGCAACAAAAGCAUUCUAAGAGGUUGUAUCAAGACAAGCAAAGGGCCGUGGCUCGUUCGUCGGGUCACAAAAGAUGGUGGGCUUGUGACCAAAUUCCGCUACCCGUCCGAUAGGGAGAGAAUGAACAAUAAACAAAGAGAGAGGAGGAGACGGGCCGUGGCCCACAAAAUCUUUUCCGGGCUUCGGGCCCACGGAAACUACAACCUUCCCAAGCAUGCCGACUCUAACGACCUCCUCAAAGCGCUUUGCAACGAAGCCGGGUGGCAUGUUGAGGAAGAUGGGAGAAUAUUCAGGAAGCAACCGGCUUCGAUAAUGCCGAGCUUGAUGGAUGUCGAUUUUCGUCAAGCUUCUCUUAUUGGCUUCCGAUCUGAAGAGGACAAAUUUUGUGAAUGUGAUAUUAAUGUAAAAAGCUCGAUUUUUGAACCCGAUACCACUCUUACUCUCUAGCUCAUUUUUAGCUUGAUCUUCUCGCAAAAGAAAAACAUGCUCGAAAAAAAGAAAGCAACACGCGAAAAAGACUAUGUUGUGCUCGGUGGUUUAUUGUAUCUGUAAUGGCGGUGUUAUAACCUUUAUUUUAUAUUUAAUUUUAGUUAAAUAUGAUCGAG